UGGAAGUCUGGACUCUGCAGAGUGACCAUCAAGUAUUGAUAAAAGAAAGUUUGAGAGAGACAGCCAAUAUGUGAAGGUCACAGCAGGGAUUUGCCUGGAGCCUUUUCCUGCAGAGAGCUGGCAGUGCUCGUGCUUCUGGUGUUCCCUGUCAGCAUCUCUGUGUGGGUGAGGAGCAAACAGAGCCAAAACUUUUGAUGAGGAGCGUUUGCAAAAGAACUCAAAGCUUCCCAUGGCCCUGUCUUGGGUGGGGAUUGGAGCUGGGCCUUGAGCUGGUGACAGAUUUAUGGGAUUUUUCCCAGUGCCUGGAUGGUGUUGGUAGUUUCCAGUGGAACAGGAUCCCACGAGGGUGAGUGGCUUUGGAGUUGUUGCCUGUGGAGCCACGUGAUGGGAUGAACUCACAGCUCUGGAGCAGGCAGGGCUGCAGAACCCAUCCCUCCAGAAGAGCAGCCUUUUCUCCAGGAAGUGCACACAGACACUGCAAGAGCUGAUUUUUCCUUUUCUUUCAACCAUCCACCCCUGGAUUUGCUUUGUUCCAACCCUCCAUGGAUCCUGCAGCUUUUGGGCAGCUCUGACACCACAAUUCCCAGGCUGAGGAGUUUGGUUUUCGUGGUGUCUCAGCAUUGUCAAGCAAACAACUCCAGCAUGUGCAACACUGUGGAGGAUCUAUCUGACUGUGCCUGAGCCUCCUGCUUUUCUUCUGGAGCUGCUGGAGGGGAAACUUGCUCCACAUCAGCACAGCCUGGUUUGGGGAGGGCUACAGCUCCUGCCCUGCUGUCAUCCCUGUUCCUGAGUGCUUUCCAUGACCCUUUGAUGAACAGUGACCUCUUGUCAGCCUUGAGAUCUGUGUUUGCCUCUUCUGAUGUCUCCAGCCUUGUCUUGAAGCAUUCACAGGAACUGAUGUGGUGUAACUGUGGGAUUUGUAGUUCCUGAAUCCUGCCUGGCUGAUCGAGGAGGAGGAGGAGGAGGAGGAGGAAGGGGGGAGCCUCCUGUCUGUGCCACUCUUCAGCUCCUCACCUUCCUCAGGCUUCAGCUUCAGCUCUGGACCCCCACUCUGCUGAAGGUGAGGAGGAGAAGCUCCCCCUGUGGCUGUGCCUUCGGCGUGGGAACACUUCUGAGGAAGCACAGAGGGUUAAACCCACAUCUCUGAACCAGCCCAGGGGCAGUCACAUGCACCAGGGAGAUUUUGCAAGUCCCUGCGUGCAGCUCAGGGUGAGGAGAGGGAGCCAGGGGCACAGGCCUGGGUAAUCCCUGCUCCAGGAGGCACAGGGGACACAGGGGCCUCAUCCAGCACAGGCUGGCACCUUCCUGCUUGGGGGUGGCACCGUGUGGCACCUGUGCACUGCAGAGUGGGACAGUGGCACCUAAAGGACAGGGAGGAGGAGGAGGAGGAGGAGGCUGAGCUGCACUCCCAGCACCAGGGCUAAAAAAUGCCUCGUGGCUCAUGGGAAGCAGGAUGGCCAGGAAGGCAGCAGUGGGAGUGAGGGUUUCACAGUCUGCUCCCCACUCAGCUGCUGUGGGGCUGCUUGGUGCUUCCCAGCAGGGAGAGACAGAAAUGCUGAAUUAGAGAGAGAAAUGCUGAAUUUCUGACCAGAAAACACAGAAUCCUUCAAGGAGACACACCUUCAGCAUGGCCCAGAAAAGCCAGACUGGUGGAAAUGAGAAAAAUAGAUCCUCCCUCCUGUACAGCAAGAGUGAUCUCAAAGAAGGAGCCCUGCAGUGGGUGCCAGAACCCCAUCAAGGCCAGGUGCUGCUGGUGCUCAGCAUGGACAACACCUGCCCCAGCUCCUCCUUUGACAUGGACCUUUGUGCUGACAAACUGCAGUCCCUUGGCAUCCAGGUGCCCAUUGAUCCAUGGAGGAGGCUGAUCCAGGAGGGUGUGCUGAGCCCCCAAGGGAGGCGGUACCUGUUCUACAGCUCCAGGGGCUGCCAGAUUGCCAUGGCCAUGGUAUUCUACAUCUCUCUCUGGACAAACCUUUACUCCACCCUCCAGCUGUGUUCCCUGGGCCACUCCUGGGGGGCUGGCGUGCUGGUGACACUGGUGGCCCUGGCUCUCACUGUCCUGGUGAUCCUGGUCAUUGAUGGGCACCAGAGGAAGCUAAACGUGAACACAGAUGUGAGGCUGGCAGCUGUCAAUGAAAUCUUUCUCAAACACAGCAUAAUCCUGGGGAUUACAGAUGUCCUGGACGGGCCACACAACAUCCUACAACUGUGCUUUGUGCACUUCAGCCCCCAGCACUGCCUCCAGGCCCUGGCAGCCCACAUCACUCACCUGCAGGGGACACAGGCAGGCUUGAGGCACAGGCUGAACAAGCUCUGUGUGGUCAUGGAUGUGGCAGCUCAGCCCGAGCUGGGGGUGGAGGAGGAGGCUCCAUGUGAAGAAUCCCCUCUUUUAUCCAGAGGGGUGACCCUGAAUAAGGAUCCUGUGACCUGCAGUGAGCUCCUGCACCUCAUCCCCGAGGGUCCACCCCAGGCCAUGGCCCAGCAGCUCCUGGUGAUCUUCAGCGCGUGCUACGUGCGGCUCCUGGUGACAGGCCGGCUGCCUCGGGCCAGCCCCGGGGGACACCUGGGCCACAGCAGCGUCCCCUGCCUCUGCCAGUUCAUCCAGAGCACCCUGCUCUGCUCCUGAGUCGGGAAUUGUCACCGGUGUCCUCUCUGAAAAAUCCCUGCGCCAGGAUUUCUUCUCCUGGUAAGCUGGAAAGCCUCGGGAAAGAAUUAAAACAAUAAUUACCUGA